AUGUCUGGGCUGUUACAGUUCAAGGGCAGGAAGAUGUUCACUCCGCUGGGGUUCCUGUUUGCUGCCUUCUCCUUGGCACAAUGUUUCCCUGUGCAGCAGGAAUCCAACCGUGGCAAAGUCCUACUGGUGUCCUUUGAUGGCUUUCGGUGGAACUACGACCAGGAUGUGGACACCCCCAACCUGGACACCAUGGCUGCAGAGGGGGUGAAGGCGCUGUACAUGACUCCUGCCUUUAUCACCAUCACCAGCCCCUGCCACUUCACUCUGCUGACCGGAAGAUACCUGGAGAACCAUGGGGUGAUUCACAACAUGUGGUUCAACACCAGCACGGGUCAGAAGCUGCCAUACCACAGCACACAAGGCGUGGACAGCUGGUGGGACAACGGCAGCCUGCCCAUCUGGAUCACAGCACAGAGACAGGGUUUAAAGACAGGCUCCAUCUAUUUUCCUGGAGGAAGAGCCAAAUAUCAAGGGGAAGAAGUGAACAUGAAGCUGGUGGAGCCCCUCUUGUUCAACUACAGCAAUGAAACCAACUGGAGAGAGAACAUUGACACCGCCAUGGAAUGGUUCACAGUGCACAACCUCGACUUCAUCGCCCUCUACUUCGGUGAGCCAGACUCAGCAGGACACAAGUACGGCCCUGAGUCCACACAGAGGAAAAACAUGAUCAAGCAAGUGGACAGAACCAUCGGCUACCUGAGGCAGCGCAUCCGGGAAAGCGGCCUGGGACCAAACCUCAACCUCAUCAUCACGUCCGACCACGGCAUGGAGACUGUGCAGAAGAGGGAUGAGAUCCACAUCCAGAAAGUGGAGAACUUCACCUUCAAAGACAUCCAGUUUGAACUCUUAGAUUACGGUCCAAACGGACUACUGGUGCCAAAAGAAGGGAAAUCAGAGCAUGUGUAUUCAGUCCUGAGAAACGCUCACCCACACCUACACGUGUAUAAGAAAGAAGACUUCCCACGGAGGUUCCACUACGCCAACCACUCCCGGAUCACCCCGCUCGUGUUGUACAGCGACCCGGGAUACGUCAUCCAUGGGAGGUACAAGGUCCAGUUCAACAAAGGGGAACACGGCUUCGACAACGCCGCCAUGAACAUGAAAACCAUCUUCCGCGCCGUCGGGCCGGCCUUCAAGCGGGGACUGCUGCUGGAGCCCUUCGAGAGCGUCAACGUCUACCCGCUCCUGUGCCAGCUGCUGGGCAUCGAGCCCGAGCCCCACGACGGCUCCCUGCGGGUGGCGGCCGCAAUGCUGCGUUCAGGUGCUCGUCUCCCAGCUGCCCAGCUGCUGCCAGUGAUCCUGGGAAUUGCUCUCAUUCUGGGCUGCUGGGGAGGAAUAUACUGA